AUGGCCGGCGUUGUCGCCAAGUACGCAAUGAAGAAAGCCUUGGGCAAGGAGAUGGAAAAGUACAAGUCCAAGGAUGUAUCUGGGCCAUACGAUCCAUACUAUGCGCUGGUUCCAGAUCAGAGGAAGCCCCACAAGAUGAAGAAAGUCAAGAAGCAGAUCCCAGAUUAUCUUUCCGACAACGAUGCCAACGUCCUAGCCAAAGCCCGCAAGACCGCCUACAGGCUGGACUACGCCCUCUUUACCUUGUUUGGAAUCCGAUUUGGUUGGUCUUCCGUCAUUGGCCUUGUCCCCGCCGUGGGUGACGCCGCAGGUUCGGCCUUGGCUCUGAACCUCGUUCGCAACAUGAUGAAGGUCGACGGCGGUCUGCCAAUGACCGUCCUUGUCAUGAUGCUUUUCAAUGUCGCCUUUGACUUCCUCAUCGGUCUUGUUCCCUUCCUUGGCGACCUUGCCGAUGCCGCAGUCAAAGCCAAUGGCAAAAACGUUCGGCUACUCGAAGAGCACUUGGACAAGCUCCACAAGCCAAAGUCACUCGUCGACAGAGAUUCCAAGCUACCGAGAGAAAGGCGGCCGCGUCCUGCCUCUGUCUAUGUCGACUUUGACGAUGAGAUUGAUGAGCGCCGCAACACUUUUGAGGACGAUCACGAUGACGUUCGUCAUCCUCAGCGUGCCUACGGUGGAGGCCGUAUUCAAGAUGAAGAGAUGGGCGGACGAUACGACACUCACCGAUCUCACCGGGACGACAGGCCCAGCCGAAACAACACUAGGAGUAGCAGACGCUGA